AUGUAUACCACAACUACAGUCGCUUUCCGCAGACCCGGUCUUGGUCUUGGUGGUGGCAGACCAGCAAUAACCGUCUUGGUUCCCUGGACCCAACAAUUCGGUCUCGCCUAUCAACAAUUUGUCAACAGUGGUUACGGAUCUUAUGGUGGUGCAUAUCCAGCUGGUGGACUUGGUGGACUUACCGGACUAGGCAGUUAUGGCGCUGGUGUGCCAGUUACUGGUGGUUAUGGCGCAGGUCUACCAGUUGCUGGUGGUUAUGGCGCAGGUCUACCAGUUGCUGGUGGUUAUGGCGCAGGCCUACCAGUUGCUGGUGGUUAUGGCCCACAAAUCCAAGGCUAUCCAAUUGGUUUCGGGGUAACAACAUAUUAA